CCCUGGUGCAGAUGUGGAAAUGCAAAUCAGUGUGAUGUGAGAAAGGCUCUGCAAUGUUCAAAUUCAGGUACAAACGGCUGGCCGGAGUGCAGGCCCUCUGAACCUCCACCUCUGUCCAGAGUGGCCACUCCCCAUUGACCCCGCUUCCACGCACAGCCUUUUCAUCCCGCUGAUCUUCACAUCUACUCGGAACCUCGCCACCCAAAUGACAACCCCUCCUUUGCAGAGCCUCCCUUCCGUAAUGACCUUCUCACCUGUCCUGGGAGCUUUCUCCCAUCUCUGACCUCAUCUCUAAGAAACUUUCCCCAGCUGACCUCCAUGUCUGCGCUGGACCUCCACUUCACACCACACCCAUCUGUCAGUAGGAAGUACCUCCCAGUGAGCUCCACAUCUCUGUAGAACCGCCCAUCCCAAUGACCCUUACCCUCCUCGGAGUCUCUGCACCGCAACUGACCUUCACCUCAGUACAGAGUCUCCCAACCCCACUGAGCUCAGCUUCCCUUAUUGCCUCUCUGCCUGCUGUACUCCACACCGAGACCGUGUUUUUGUCCAACUGUGUGGCUGGAGAGUCCCUGGAGGAAGCUGGAGAGGCCGAGGCGUCGGAGGACGAAAGGAGCUCUCCUGACGCUCUGGGCAACGUCAAAGAUGGAACUUUUGAAAUAGUUGGAACUCUUCUGAAUGAAGACAAGAAGAAAGAUAAGAAGGCAACAUUUGCACUGGAAGAAUAUCUAGCAGUGACCCAAGAACAACUUCUGCCACACCUUAUGAAAUGUGAUGUCAUUAUUUACAAUAUUUCUGAGGAUGCUGAUCAGAUAGAUGAAGCCUCCUGGGCCGUUUCAGCCCUUCAUGCCGAAUUGGACAAUUUUGAUCAUCCAAAGAUGUUCAUUUUGGUAUCUACUUUGCUGACCUGGGCCUUGAGCAAGUCACUCGACCCAGACGACCCCGACGUCCCCUUCACAGAAGAGGACUAUCGGAAGAGACGACCCCAUCCCAACUUCAAAGAUCAUAUUUCUGUGGAGAAACUCGUGAUCAAAAUGGGCAAAACGAACAAGUCUAAGCUUUCUACCUACGUUGUGGCUUCAGGACUUCAGUAUGGAAUGGGGGAAAACUUAUUUCAUUUCUUUUUUAAGAUGUCUUGGCUGGGAGAAGUUUCCAGGAUCCCUGUGUUUGGACCAGGAAACAACAUCCUUCCCACAAUUCAUGUGAAUGACUUGGCAGGUCUUCUCCAAAAUGUCAUUGACCACCAGCCAAAGAUACAUUACUUAGUUGGUGUGGAUGAUUCCAAGAAUUCUUUCGAAGAUAUUGUGAAGGCCAUAAGUUCAGCGGUUGGACCAGGGAAAAUCCAGAACGUUCCGAAAGAAGAUAUUUUCCUCACGCAGAAUUUCACGCAAAAUGACAUUGAUUCCUUGUUUAUGAACCUAAGGAUAGAGGCUAUCUUUCUGAAGGAGAAUUUUAAUCUGAACUGGGUGUCAGAAACUGGAAUUGUUGAAAACAUUGACCUCAUUGUGGAGGAAUACAGGCGCACAAGAGGACUACUGCCUCUUCGCGUUUGUGUCUUUGGGCCUCCGGCUGUAGGGAAAAGCACUGUGGCAGAGAAGAUCUGCAAGCAAUACAAACUUCAUCAUAUCAAGCUCAAAGACACCAUCACCGAGAGUAUUGCACAGCUGGAGAACCACAUUGGAAUGGAAGAUGUAGAGAGUGAGAGUGAUGAGUCUGCAAAUGAAGCGCAAGAGUUCCUGGCGACACUGAAGGAGAACAUGGAGCAGAAUGCAGGUCGUCUGGAUGACCAGUUUGUUAUCCAAAUAAUGGCAGACAAGCUGCAAUCUCAGCCGUGCAAAAACCAAGGGUUUGUUUUAGACGGCUUUCCUAAGACUUAUGAACAGGCCAAGGAGCUAUUUGCUGCCAAUGAAGACGAGGCCGAGGAAACAAACUCCAAAAUUCCCACUUUCAACAAAAAAAUGAUCCCAGAGUUUGUCUUCUCCCUGGAAGCCAGCGAUGCCUUUCUGAUCAACCGUGUAAUGAAUCUUCCCGAGAGUGUGGUCCAGGGGACACAUCUUGCUCAGGAGCCCUUUCUCCGGCACCUGACCGCUUACAGAGACGUCAACACCGAGGAUGAAACAGUGCUCAACUAUUUUGAUGAGCUGGAGAUUCACCCUGAGCAAACUGAAAUUGCCAGCGAUGAUGACAUAGAGUACCUCGUUGUGAUGGAGAAGGUCUGCAAGAUUCUGGGAAAGCCUAGGAACUAUGGACCCACCAAGGAGGAGCAGGAGCUGCAGGAGCAGAGGGCAGCAGCCGAGCGGCUCAGGCAGAUGGAGGCUGAGAAAGCUGAAGCUGAACGCAAGGAGGCUGAAGAGGCGGCUGACAGAGCUGCCCGCUGGGAGGAGUGGAGCAAUCGCCUGGCAGAAGUGAGGCAGCAGGAGGAGGAACUUUUAGAGGCCCAGUCCGUCCCUCUGCGAAACUACCUGAUGAAGAAUGUGAUGCCAACUCUGACCCAGGGGCUCAUCCAGUGCUGCAGGCUCAAACCUGAUGAUCCAGUGGACUUUCUGGCAGAAUAUCUCUUCAGGAACCGUCCUGAAAUUGACUGAAGUGCCGUUUUCUUGAACUUUCAUAGCUUUAUACGUACGGCAUAUUAGCAUUUUAGUUCCCUAGUUGAUAUCCAUUUCUAUUUAAUUGUGACUUAAGGACAUUCUCGAAGGUAGACAGGUGAACUCACAAAGUGUCCUUAUAUCGACUCAUCUAUCACCAAAUUCCACCUGUCCAGGGCAGGGCUGGAGACUAUCCUGGGAGUACAGAGGAUGAAGCAGGAUACAUGCUGGAUGCUCAGUUGCAGGGAAAUCACACACACUCAUACAUACACACAGCAAGGGAGUGUGUGUCACCAAUUCGUCUUUGGACUCUGGGAGGAAACGGGAAAAGGCAAAAGAAACCCAUGUUAACACAGAGAGAACAUGUACAGUCUACAUAGACUGUAUCACAGCGAAGACCAGGUGUCCUUAUAUGUUUAAUAAAUAAAAUUUAUAAAACCGUAUAA